AGUCCACUGUGUCAAACCAAAAUGGCAGCGCCCAUGGACGAAGACGAUGUUGAUAUCAUUGAUGAUCAGCAUUUAAAUGCCAUGCUUGUUUUCCCUCAAGAUGUCCAGCAAGCAAUCGAGCAAGUGCUGCCGUCCAACGACCCCUUAGACAAACCCGAUUUCAAUGCAGUGGAGUACAUCAACAACCUGUUCCCAACCGAACAGUCCCUGGCUAAUAUUGAUGAUGUCAUCAAUAGGAUGAGGCUGAAGAUCCGUCGCCUUGAUGACAACAUCCGCAGCGUGGUACGAGGGCAGACAAAUGCCGGCCAAGAUGGGAGACAGGCCUUGUCAGAAGCACAGAAGGCCAUCCAGGAGCUCUUCAAGAGGAUUAAAGACAUCAAAGAGAAAGCAGACAAGUCUGAGCAGAUGGUCAAAGAGAUAACGCGAGAUAUCAAGCAACUUGAUCAUGCUAAGAGACACCUGACCUCCUCCAUUACCACACUCAACCACCUGCACAUGCUGGUUGGCGGAGUGGACUCGCUGGAGUCUUUAACAAGACGGAGGCAGUACGGGGAAGUGGCCAAUCUCUUACAGGGAGUCAUCAAUGUCAUGGAACACUUCCAGAAAUACAUGAGCAUUCCGCAAAUCAGACAACUCUCAGACAAAGUUAAGAAGAUCCAAUCGGAGUUAGGAACCCAGAUCCUCGCCGAUUUUGAGGAUGCUUUCACGACACAAGGAGGCAAGUUACUAAGCAACCAAUCACAACUUGCAGAAGCUUGCUUGGUUGUCAAUGUGCUGGAUCCUAAAAUAAAGAGAGACCUCCUCAAGUUCUUUGUCAAGUUGCAACUCCAGGAGUACGUGGUACUGUUUGGGGAGAAUCAGGACGUGGCCUGGCUGGACAAGAUUGACCGCCGUUACGCCUGGCUCAAGAGGGCACUGGUGGAAUGCGAGGAAAAGUUUGGCCGCAUGUUCCCCAGGGAUUGGGACAUUGAGGAACGGAUAUGCGUCGAGUUUUGCAACAUUACGAGGUCUGAACUGAGCAAGAUCAUGCAGAACCGCGCCUCAGAAAUCGACGUGAAACUCCUUCUCUUUGCCAUCAAGCGCACCACGACCUUUGAAACCUUGGUGGCCAAGCGGUACAGCGGGGCCACCUUACGACCCCCCGGAGGGGAGGAAGGGUUAUCCGCCCAACCCCAGGCAAGAAUUGACACGCCGGAGAUGCCUGUCAACCCUUUUGAGACUGAUGAGAGUGCCGAGCCACCAGUUGAGGUCAAGACUGUUCUCAAGCCCAAGCCCUCGCCAUUCCAAGGAAUAAUCAGUCAGUGCUUUGAGCCUCAUCUCCAUAUCUACAUCGAGUCUCAAGACAGAUAUUUGUCAGAGCUGAUCCAACAGUUUGUCUCCGACUUCCACUCCCACGGCCCACCCCGUAUGGAAUCAGACGAGAGCGGCGCCAUCUUGCCGAGCAGCGCCGACCUCUUCGUGGCCUACAAAAACUGCAUGGUGCAGUGCUCCAGUCUCAGCACCGGUACCCCGCUGCUCUCCCUGACGGCCACAUUCCAGAAAUACCUGCGAGAGUACGCAAACCGGUUACUGACCAACAACUUACCAAACCUUUUUGCCCGGCGCAGGUCUCAGUCGAUGCAGGGGACCAGCACGUCGGGAGCCAUGGGGAUCAACAUCUCGGCGUUGCUGAAGGAAGGACUAAAGGACAACACGCCCGAGGCACCCAAAUUCACCAAGGAAGAGCAGUAUUUGGUCUGUAGCAUCCUGUGCACGGCAGAGUACUGUCUGGACACAACGUCACAGUUGGAGGAAAAGUUGAAACAGAAAGUCGACCCGACGCUCAUGGACAAGAUUGACCUGAACGGGGAAAUGGACGUUUUUCACGGUGUGAUAGCUAACUGCAUCCAACUUCUAGUGCAAGAUUUGGAGUCGGCGUGUGAUCCUGCCCUCACUGCCAUGAACAAGGUUAACUGGGCGGCCAUUGAGACGGUAGGAGAUCAGAGCAGUUACGUGACGGCCAUCACUGGUCACAUCAAGCAGACGUUGCCGACCAUCAGAGACAACUUGGCCUCGGCUAGGAAGUACUUCACCCAAUUCUGCAUCAAGUUUGCUAACUCAUUUAUUCCUCGAUUCGUCAGUCACAUGUACAAGUGUAAGCCAAUCAGCACCGUUGGGGCCGAGCAACUCUUGCUAGACACACACUCCCUGAAGACGGUUCUACUCGACCUGCCUUCCAUCGGCUCCAAAGUCUCGAGGAAGGCUCCUGCCAGCUACACAAAGAUUGUCGUCAAGGGAAUGACCAAGGCAGAAAUGAUACUGAAGGUGGUUAUGUCUCCAGCUGAUCCACCCCAGUCCUUUGUUGAUAACUACAUCAAACUCAUUGCUGACAGAGACACGGCAAACUUCCAGAAGGUUCUGGAGAUGAAGAGUUUGAAGAGGAGCGAUCAGAACACGAUGCUGGAGCUGUUCCGCACCAGAGUGCCGAGGGGGGAAGGGCAGACCAACUCCCCCUCUGCCCACCAAGAGCAAGAGGGUAGCCGAAUACGACGGCUGGAGAAACUCAUCAAGAGAAGAUAGGACUGACCAGGAGAGACACAGGCAAGAGGAACUGUGUGAGAUAGACCUCAAGACCCUGGGGAAAGAUUCCUCAGCAUCUGCACGACCAGCCUGAUGUCUAUGCUAAUAUCUUUGUUUUUGUCAAUUCAUUCAAAUCAUUUUUUCUCAGUAAAAUACAUUGCAGAAACUUUGCCUGAAAACUGGGCGGUUACAUACCUAUGCUAAGCCAAAGACACGUAACCAUUCAGUGCAUAGUUUGAAAACAGUAACUCAUCCAUAGAAGUUUGUAGUUGGUUAGAAGGGAUUGGGGCUCUCAGAUAAAUUUUUUUUUUCCUUGUUGGUACCACAUUAGAGUGAAUGAAGAACAAUCUAUUGUGAUUGGUGGUUAACCACUUCCUGACAGGUGACCUGUUUUCGAGCACCUAGGCUUUAAACACAGCCAGGGAGCAUGAAACCGGACAAAAGAGAGUUGGGCCUUGUAACAAAAGACCAUGCUCGACAAAAUAAAAAACCAGGCUGCUGGGA